AUGCCUUCCGUUGUUCCAUUCAAACAAACUGUUGGAUUGAGCUCUAUUUAUUUAUAUGGCGGGGUGAAAAGAAUAAUUAUCAAACAUGUGGUGGCAGGGAAGAAGCUGGUCUUUGUGACGAACAAUUCCACAAAAUCAAGAAGGCAAUACGCCAAGAAGUUCCAUUCCCUAGGAAUCACUGUUACUGAGGACGAGAUAUUCUCCUCCUCCUUUGCUGCUGCUAUGUUCUUGAAAGUUAAUGACUUCCCUAAAGAAAAGAAGGUGUAUGUAAUAGGUGGGGAAGGCAUACUGGAUGAACUGGAACUUGCUGGUUUUGUGGGUCUUGGUGGCCCAGAAGAUGGGAAAAAGACGGUGGAAUUGGAGGCAAACUGUCUUUUUGAACAUGAUAAGAGUGUUGGAGCUGUUGUGGUUGGACUCAACCCAUAUAUAAACUACUACAAACUACAGUAUGGAACUCUCUGCAUACGUGAGAACCCAGGGUGCCUUUUUAUAGCUACAAACCGUGAUGCUGUGGGACAUAUGACUGAUUUGCAAGAAUGGCCUGGUGCAGGAUGUAUGGUUGCAGCCAUUUGUGGUUCCACUCAAAGAGAACCCAUUGUGGUUGGGAAGCCAUCGACCUUUAUGAUGAAGUUUUUACUUAAAAAGUUCAACAUCAGCACUUCAAGAAUGUGUAUGGUAGGUGACAGACUCGACACUGAUAUCUUGUUUGGACAGAAUGCUGGAUGCAGAACUCUGCUUGUACUUUCAGGUGUGACAAAUCUAUCGACUCUUGAAGAUUCCUCAAAUCACAGACCGGAUUAUUACACGAGCAAGCUGUCUGACAUUAAGAAAUUAGUUCUGGAGUAGUUGGGGAGCAUUGUGCUUUCCAUCAUCUGUGCAUUAAGAAAUUAGUUGAUUAAACAAGCAUUCAUUUCUGAAAAAGAAGCAACUAAUUGAAUCCGAAUGGCUUUGACAUGUGGGAUUCGUUCCUUCCUUGUCUGAUUGAUAUACAAUCCGACCUUCACAGCUGUGCUGCAUUUGUCAUGGAUGUGAAUAGCUAUUAAACUGUUGUUACCCAAAUUAAAUUAACAAGACAUAUUAAUAUUACUAUAA